GAUUCUUCUUUUCCGCUUCUUCUGCCUCUUCUUCUUCUUUUUCUGUUUUUCUCAAUCUUGACUGCAGUCUAACACUUUGGUUUUUUGCUUACAAUAAUGGCUUCCAUGAACAACUGGUUGGGUUUCUCUUUGUCCCCUCGAGAACUUCCACCACAGCCUGAAAAUCACUCACAGAACAGUGUCUCUAGACUUGGUUUCAACUCUGAUGAAAUCUCUGGGACUGAUGUGUCAGGUGAGUGUUUUGAUCUCACUUCAGAUUCCACUGCUCCCUCUCUCAACCUCCCUCCCCCUUUUGGGAUACUUGAAGCAUUCAACAGGAAUAAUCAGCCCCAAGAUUGGAACAUGAAGGGUUUGGGCAUGAAUUCAGAUACUAACUACAAAACCACCACUUCUGAGCUCUCCAUGCUCAUGGGUAGUUCAUGCAGUAGUCAUCAUAACCUCGAAAACCAAGAACCCAAACUUGAAAAUUUCCUGGGCUGCCGCUCUUUUGCUGAUCAUGAGCAGAAACUUCAAGGGUGUAACUCCAUUGCAGCAGCAGCUUAUGAUAGCUCUGCAGACUACAUGUUCCCCAACUGCUCACUGCAGCUUCCAUCUGAGCCGGUAGACACCCCCACUCCCCGCGGUGGCGGCGGUGGAAGCACUACCGUCAACAAUAGUUCCAUUGGUUUAUCCAUGAUCAAGACAUGGCUGCGGAACCAACCUGCACCCACCCAUCAGGAUAACAACAAGAGUACUGAUACUGGGCCUGUCGGUGGAGCCGCCGCUGGGAACCUACCCAAUGCACAGACCUUAUCGUUGUCCAUGAGCACCGGCUCGCAGUCCAGCUCUCCUUUGCCUCUCCUAACAGCGAGUGCAGGUGGUGGUGGUGGGAGUGGAGGAGAGAGUUCUUCAUCAGAUAACAAGAAGGCCACCCCCCUCGAUAGCCAGACCGGUGCCAUUGAAACGGUGCCAAGGAAGUCCAUUGAUACAUUUGGACAGAGGACAUCCAUAUACCGUGGUGUAACAAGGCAUAGAUGGACGGGUAGAUAUGAGGCUCAUCUAUGGGACAACAGUUGCAGAAGAGAAGGACAAACUCGAAAGGGAAGGCAAGGUGGUUAUGACAAAGAAGAAAAGGCAGCUAGGGCUUACGAUUUAGCAGCACUGAAGUAUUGGGGUACCACCACCACAACAAAUUUCCCUAUUAGCAACUAUGAAAAAGAGAUAGAGGAGAUGAAGCACAUGACAAGGCAGGAGUACGUAGCAUCUCUGCGAAGGAAGAGUAGCGGGUUUUCUCGUGGAGCAUCCAUAUAUAGAGGAGUGACCAGACACCAUCAGCAUGGGAGAUGGCAGGCAAGGAUUGGAAGAGUCGCAGGCAACAAAGAUCUUUACUUGGGAACUUUCAGCACCCAAGAGGAAGCAGCAGAGGCCUAUGACAUUGCUGCCAUUAAGUUUCGAGGAUUGAAUGCGGUGACCAACUUUGAUAUGAGUAGAUAUGAUGUUAAUAGCAUUCUAGAGAGCAGUACCUUGCCGAUUGGUGGAGCUGCAAAGCGGUUGAAAGAUGCUGAGCAGGCUGAAAUGACUAUAGAUGGACAGAGGACAGACGAUGAGAUGAGCUCACAGCUGACUGAUGGAAUCAACAACUAUGGAGCACACCACCAUGGCUGGCCUACUGUUGCAUUCCAACAAGCUCAGCCAUUUAGCAUGCACUACCCUUAUGGCCAUCAGCAGAGGGCUGUUUGGUGUAAGCAAGAGCAAGACCCUGAUGGCACACACAACUUUCAAGAUCUUCACCAACUACAAUUGGGAAACACUCACAACUUCUUCCAGCCUAAUGUUCUGCACAACCUCAUGAGCAUGGACUCUUCUUCAAUGGACCAUAGCUCAGGCUCCAAUUCAGUCAUCUAUAGCGGUGGUGGAGCCGCUGAUGGCAGCGCUGCAACUGGCGGCAGUGGCAGUGGGAGCUUCCAAGGGGUAGGUUAUGGGAACAACAUUGGCUUUGUGAUGCCCAUAAGCACCGUCAUCGCUCAUGAAGGCGGCCAUGGCCAGGGAAAUGGUGGCUUUGGAGAUAGCGAAGUGAAGGCGAUUGGUUACGACAACAUGUUUGGAUCGACAGAUCCUUACCAUGCUAGGAGCUUGUACUAUCUUUCACAGCAAUCAUCUGCAGGCAUGGUGAAGGGCAGUAGUGCAUAUGAUCAGGGGUCAGGGUGUAACAACUGGGUUCCAACUGCAGUUCCAACCCUAGCUCCAAGGACUAACAGCUUGGCAGUAUGCCAUGGAACACCUACAUUCACAGUAUGGAAUGAUACAUAAAGCUUGGAAGAAUGGAAGAAGAGAUUAGA